AUGCUGGACAAUGGAGUCUGGGGCACACUCACCUUGAUCUUUGGCCUGCUUUCCAGUCUCCAAGGAGUGAGCACCAAUGAGACUGUAACCACAUGUGACAUCUUAAACUGUACCAAAGGAUUCACAUGCUGUGACAAUGGAUGCUGCCCAGAAAGAAAGUUCUGGGAUCCUGCAAAUGACCCCUUCAGGAUCUUCUCCAUCAUGGCAUGUGCCAUUUUACCUGUGUUGUUCAUCUGUGGCUUGGUGAGGUGCAUAUAUUCCAAGUGCAGAGAACUACAGCGCCACGUCAGAACAUCAGAUCAUCAGAGUCCUCCAGAACUGCCCUCCAUGGCUCCCCUGGAGAGCAUUACAGUCAUCUUGGAUUCACCACCACCCUACAGUCAGUUGGGUUUCCCUUUAAUCCUGUGGGUUUUGAAACCAACUCUCACAAAACCACCUCCUCUCUACAGCCUCAGGCCUGCGGGCCCUGCUGGCCAGAUGAGAGGGACUCUUUGA